AUGGCAGCACUUUGCGUUCCAUUACUAACAACACUAGCCCUCGAGCGGGUGCUCGCGAAACUCGAAGAUCGAAUAGUGCAGUUAAAUGACUUCCCGGAGCCGCUCAAAGUGAAAGUGUCCGAGGCAAAAUCAGAUUUCCCCAGUCGUCACUCAUGGGAUUCGUUUUUUCGUGAUGCCACUGACAUGGAUGAGAUGAAGCCCGGUGAACGGCCAGACACCAUACACAUUUGUAAUCUACCAAUCCGUUGGUUUGUUCAUGAUCGGGACAGGGAUUCUGAUGCGCCACCAUCAGAACAUGUCUUAAAAAAAGCUUUUGAAAAGUUUGGUAACAUAAGACAAAUUGACAUCCCCAUAGCCGACCCAUAUCGUCUUCAAAUGAAGUCUACUAUGCGGGGGAUCACAACACCACCCCCAGAUCAAGCAUUAUAUUUUGAGGCAUAUAUUCAGUUUCACGAAUAUGUUGGUUUUGUCCGCUGCAUGGAUGCGCUCCGUGGUCGGAAGUUGCUAAGAAAGAAGGAUGACAUAGCUGAAUGGUGUGGCAUUAAAGUUGAUUUUGAUAAGACUAAGCACAUGACAGAUGCAGCAGUGAAACGGAGGGCCAUUGUGAGGGAACGUCUCUCCUCUCGACAGAGGGCUAAGGAAGAUGAGGAGAGGGCUGAAAAAGAGAAGGUUGCUAAGAGGGAAGCUAAAGAAAGACAAAAAUACGAGCGAGGAGAGCGGGAAAAACUAGAGAAGAUGCGAGAACGUGAAGAAAGAAGGAAAAAGAAGCAGUUAGCAAAGCUCAUGCAGCGGGAGGAUGUCGACCUCAACGGGAAAGUUGCAGAAGAGAGGAAGAAGUUGCUGGAAGCCCAAAAGAAAAUACAGGCUAUGCGGCUGAUUGAGGAAUUAUUUAAUAGAAUUGAGCUCCGGCCAGACUUGCAAAUGAACGGUCGUUCGGCGCCCGGCGAACGUGCCGCACGGGCUCGCGUUGUAGACCGCUGCAAACGUCGCUGUGAGGAGGCGCUGCAAGCUGCCAGGGACCGCUUCCAGCAGGCUUUGGAUGGUCGCAUAGUUAUCCGCACAGCGCUGGAAACGAAAAAGCCUCGUCGUUCGUUGUCGCCAUCCUCGGUAUCUUCAGACGAGCGACCGCGGCGCGGCGUCAAGUUAGAAAAGUUGACGACACCUGAAAGAGAGAUGGAGUACAAUAAGGCUGCCAGUAUGUACGGUAUGGCGCACCCGUACGGCUUCGGGUACCCGUUUGCCGCCGUCCCGCCGCCAGGAUACCCGUUCCCUCAGACGUCCAUGUACUACCCGGUGCGGGGCCAGUACUACCCGCCGCCCGACACGUACCGACGGCCGCGCGGGCGCGGACGCGGGCGCGGGCGCGGCGUGCGCAUGCCGUACUUCGACGGACCCGACGCCUCGCACCAGUACUACAAAUACUUCAAAAAGCUAACAGAGAAUGAGCAUCGCAACGAGCACGACGACCGCCUCCGCUCCCGGACACGCUCGCGUUCCCGCUCCCGCCGCCGCUCGUACUCGCGGUCAAGGUCACGGUCCAGGUCAAGAUCCCGCUCACGUCGCCGCUCCUACUCGCGGUCAAGGUCAAGGUCACGUAGAAGCAGAAGCAGAAGUAGGAGAAGGAGUAAGAGCAGAAGUCGACGAUCAAGGUCCCACCACAGUCGCUCCCGCUCUCGUUCCCGGCCGCGCAAGUCGCGCUCGCGCAGCCGCCGCCGCACCAAAACACGCUCCCCCUCCAAACCGCGCUCGCCUAAACCGAAGGAAGCCGCCCCUGACCGACCCAGGUCCAAGAGCUGGUCCUUACCGAGAGACGGCAAUGGGAAGGAGUGGUCUAAAAGCCCGAAGAAACAAGACUAGUGAGCAACUGUUAAGAGCAGUUUAAAAGUGAUUUUGACAUUAGUAUAGUAUGAACAAUUGUUUGCAAAAUAUUUACAUUGGGUAAUAUUUUUUCUCAAAUUGGGAACGAACCGUAUUAUGGUCUUUCCCAAGUCAAGCUCGCCGUCCAAACAGUGCUCACCCAAAUCGAGAGAGAACGCCGCUGAUUGACCCUGGUCUGAGAGCUGGUCCUUGCCUAGAGACGGCAAUGGGAAGGAGUGGUCUAAAAGCCCGAAGAAGCAAGACUAGUUUAGCUGGGAAGUGAUAUUGACAUUAGUUUAGCCUAAACAAUUGAUUGCGAUGCAGUUUGGGUACCUUCUUCGCAGCGGCUGGCACAGCAAAGCCCCCUCAAAGAUUAAACCGACGGAAAACUACGCUCCCUCGAUUUGGGUACAAUAGCUCUGGUCAGUAGCUAGAGACGGGAAGUGAAAAGUGGUCUAAAAAGCUCGAUUAAUGAUCACAGUAAAGCUAAUAUAUAUACAAAUGAUCAGUUAAGAGAAGUAAAUCUAAUUGAUGCGAUGCAGAUUCUGAUUGCAAAAGGUGUAUUAGAUGCAGCAAAUGUGAAGAGCUUUUUUU